UUUGUCAGUGUCUUUAAUGAAAUAUAAAAAGUUCUUAAAUUUUGUCCAUGCAGUCGACAGAAAACUGUUAUUUUUGUGAUUUUGGUUUUUGGUUUUCUAGAGAUUUUGAGCCAGUCUGAAAAUGAUCCUUUUGACGAACUGAGUUGUGAAUAUUUUGUGUGGCACCACAGUCAGUGAACUGCUGUUGUGUUCAAUGUGAUUGUUGUGGUUUGUAUGGUGGAGAUAAUAAGUACAAUGGUUGUGUUUUAUGUACUUGCAAUUUUCUGUCAAGUAAUGAUUAUACAGUAAUUAUAUUCCGUUUGUGUACAUUUGGAUAUUUCUGAAUAUGAUACACAAAGAUUGCACACACACAAACACACUCACACACAAAUAUGUCCAUUUGUUUAAAAAAGUGUGUUUUGAUCUUACGUUAUCUUUUGAAUUUCCACAAAAUUUCACAUCUAACAACUCUUUUGUAAAAGGAUGGCAAUCUUUGAUAUAGUGGAACAAUGGCGACCUCUAGUGGUGUACAAAAAGAUCUGUUGCUCAGGCUGUUAACAGUUUAACUUCCACACUGCAGUAUCAAAAUCUGAAAUAUAUAUAUAUAUAUAUAUAAUUCAAUCUAAGAAAAUUUAUCUAAAUUUUAAAUGAAAACAGGUGACAAAUUCAAGAAAAACUACACUGAGGUGUUUAGAUUCACUUGUACUUUAGAGGGAAGGUUCAAUGCGGAGCAGUAUAAAGUUGUUCUGAGUACAAAUAAUCAUCAUAAAAUAAUUUUAAUAUGGUAAAAAGAAAUGUGCUACAACAACUAGCAUACAAAUUAAUGGCUAGAUCGUAUUAUAUUGGAAAUGAUGACAUGACUUUGGCUUAUUUGCUGUAUGCAAAGAAAUGUUUAAAAAAAAUCCUGUACCUGCUAUCGGUGAAUAUUUCAUUCGUUUUCUGCACAAUGCUAUAAUACAGAAAGCUACUUUUGGCUGCUCCCUUAUUCACAAGGGGUCACCACAAGGGGUGGCUCUUUGUAUUUGAUCUGGUAGAUUUUUAUGCUGAAUGCCCUUUCUGAUGCAGGCCCUGAGGAAUUUGUAUCUUCUCCCAGAAACAAACUGGGGAUCUUUUGCUUAUUAGUGUAAACCACUACAGUGUGGAGCCACGGUACAGGGUCAGAAUACAUUCUUCAUCGAUAAAUGAGGGAUUUUUUAUACUGUAUUGGGAAUGUAAACUGCCAACAUUGUGAACACAACAGUUUGUUACAUUUUAAGUAUGCCAAUCAUACUCAUAUUUUAAGCCAAUAAAAAAUAAAAAACCUUUUGUCUAUAAUUACUUUAUUUGUUUUGAUUUUUUGUCUUUUUGCCACUGUGUAAUUUAGGGUGUUUCACCUUUGUUACAUAGAAUAGUUUCACUUAAAAUGAAUCAUUUGUUGAGUGUUGCUCUGCCUCACAUUCAUAUUUAACACAUUUUCAAUAAUGCAGUUUCUUAACAUCCAACCAGAUCAGUUUAAAGCAAUAUAUAAUGUGGGUUGCAUGAAUUUAUCCAUAAUAUUCUGUAAUCAGAGCUAAAAAAAUAAAUAAAAUACAGUUACAAUAUAAUUGGUGCUAUAAUACUAUAAUCACUAGCCACUACAUUAGGGACAUCUGCUUGGUAAUGCAAAGAUCAAGUCAGCCAACUCUGUGCAUUUAAAGAUGUUAAAGAUGACCCGCUAAAGCUCAAACUGAGCAACAGAAUGGGGAAGAAAGGUAACUAAAGGGACUUCAUGGUUGUUGGUGCCAGAUUGGUGGGUUUGAGUAUUUGAUCCAGAUCCAGGUUUGAUCCAGGGAUUUUCACACACAAGCAUCUGUUGGAGUUGGAGGUGAAUGGUCCAAAAAAAAAAUGAUGACAUCCAGUGACCAGCAGUUCUCUAAGUGACAAUAACGUAUUUUUGUCAGAGGUAAGAGAAGAAUGCCCAGAAUACUUAUAGCUGACAGGAAUGCAACAGAAACUCAAUUCACCUCUCAUUAGAACCAAGGUAUCCAGAAAAGAAUAUCUGAAUGCACAUCAAACUCAAAAGACAACUCCUCUCAACUAAGAACAGGAAAUUGACGCUACAAUUUGUAAGACCUCACCAAAAUUAGCCAAAAUAGAAUAUUGUAAGACUGUCACCUGGUCUGAUGAACCUCGAUUGCAGUUGCAACAUUUGGAUGACCUGGUCAGAUUUUGGAUUAGCCCUGCCUGUUAUCAGCAGUUCAGCUGCUGACUAUGUCCAUCUUUUUAUGGCCACUCAAUUUCAGACUGGCUUCUUGAAGAUGACAAUGACUUCACUGUACUCAAAUGCCCUGCACAGUCACAAGAUGUGAUUCCAAGAUGUGAGCACCUUUGGGAUUUGGUGGAACAGUACAGUUCAUAUCAUAGACAAGAAAUCUGCAGGAACUGUGCAAUGCUGUCAUGUCAUGCCAACCUGGUAGUUGAAAAUAUCCAGUUUAUUUUUUCCCUUUUAACCAACAAAAUUUCCACAAGUUGUAGAGCACAGCCUUACCAAUGAACAGUCAUUUUGUUGUAUUUUUCCCAACAAACGUUGCUACAAUCUGUAUGCUAUCAUGUCUAAGUAUUUGAACAUUUUGUUUUUAUAUGGCCACUGUCAUUUGUUUAGGUUGAUUAGGUUUAUUCCUUGCUAUUUUAAACUUCAGAUGACCUUAAAUAAAAUGUUUUGUAGCAUUCCUCAAUACUUAAAAAUGUCCAGAAAACUGAAUAAAACAGCUACUCUCAAUGAGGAAGUGGAUGGCAUAACCCUCGGCUGCCUGUUUAGUGCAGGAAGGGACUUAAACGACAAGCAAGAUGGAAUGUGAGUACCUCCCUGGAUAUGUAGUCAAGCUAAAGUGGCACUGCUCAGAAAAGUUUGGUUACUAAUCCCAACAAGUAUGACCAAAAGUGAAAGCUCAAAGAAGCAGACAGGGUUUAGAGAGUCUGUGAAAAUUCCUGGUAUUACUCUUGAACCCUGCAAAAAAGUUUGUAGCAUAGAAUGAAGAAAUACUGUUAUAUAACUUUUUUUUUUUUUUUGCUCCAACUUGUAAGUAAAACUGCAUCAAAUCAAUAAUUUCUUUUCUUUUUUAGAAGUAACAUUUUGACAGCUGUACAUCCCUACAGACAUGGCACUGAGUUAACGUUUGUACGAACUAUCUGGCACAUUUUUGGCUUUCUGUGGAUCUGAUGCAAAAGUGGAAUAUGUGUGUUCUUUUAUCUUUUGAGGCAGAAUUAUACGCAGCGAUUUUGAGAGUUUUAUUCCUCUACCAACCCUAGAAAAUGUAUUUAUAUUAUUCUGUAUUUAGCUCUAAUCUUCCAGUUUUUUAAAACUCAAUUAUAAUAUUAAUUAUUUGUUAUCAUAGGAAACAUGUUGUCUCAGUUAGGAUUGAGGUCACUGACCUGUCUGGUAACAGCUUAUGUAGGGAGAAAACAGCUGAAGCUCAUUUGCUAAAUGAGGGCAUAGACUUAAAAGUGGCACCACAGUGCAUCAGCCAAGACUAACAGCUACUGAUUGACUCAACUGAAUGUGUGUUUUUGUUCUAAUUUGCUAUUAAAAUGGAGUCUUGUAUUGCUGUCUGAAAUGAAGUUGAGAUUAGCACUGAGUGUCUAACUUCAGGUUUAUUUUAAUAUAAUAGUGUUAUUUAACUGUUACAUAGCUGUGUGUUUCCAUCAUGAGUCCUGAUGAAGUUAGUAAGGAGAGUCUCCACAGAGCUAAUGAGAGAUGGCCACAGUGACUAGACAUGUGAUGAGGAAAAUACAGACUUCAUGUGACCCAUGGCUAAGGAGCGGCUCAUAGAAGAAGACAAACACCCAUUUGUGUUGUUUUCUUCAGUCAGUACUAAACCACCAAGGAGAAUCCACCAGUCAGACAGGCGUUCUCUUGGAUGAAACCAAAGCGAGCAGGAUGCAAACCAUAAAGACGGUGGAGACCCAAGUCCCCUUUCUAAAAGAGAGUUUCUUCACUACCACGUUCAAAGGCCGGCGGAAGAGCAGUGUUACCAAUAUCCUCCGUAAACAGCAACACUCUCUUCUUAAUCAACAGCAGUGUAUUUUAGAGCAUCAGCCACACAGUCCUAAGCUCUUUCAUUCUCCUCCAGUUGAAAAUGGACCGGGGCAGCAAACCCCCCAGCAUCACCGACUUGCUCGCUCAACCAGCAGCCCGUUAUGCAAGGCAGCUGAGAAUGCAGAAGCAGAUGGGGAUCGAAAGGAGGAGCAAAAAGAGAGAAAGGCUCAGAAUGUGAGAGAGGCUGAGCUGGAAAGGGGGGGAGAGGGAGCAGUGAGUGGUAGUGAGCCCGUGGCUGUCACUGCCAGUCUCCUCCUCCUUUCAUCAUCAGCCUCAGCAGUGCUGGGGGAGCCAGCAUCAUCCUCACAGCUGCCGUUAACUGUGGUGGGCAGACAGCAGGGAUUAGCUGGCUCUGAAAGGGCUCUGACCAACAGAGGACCGGCGGCAGCAGAAGCUCAUGAGGAAGCCGAGCAUGCCCAAUCUCGACCCCAGCAUCAUGGCCUAUUAGCCAAAGGUGUUCGUCUACUCAGGAACAUGGGGAACCAGGAAGCAAAGCAGAAGAAAGGAGGAGCCAGCGGUGGACCAACAGGGGAUGUUUCUUGUGAUGGUGAGGCAGAGGAGCGAGAAGUGGACAAAAAAUCAAAAAAGUCCUACAAUAAAACAAAUAAAGGAGCAGGAGAACAUGGUGGUAAGAAGAAAUCAAAGUCUGAGUCAAAGGGUUCUGUGUUUUCUGGAAUGAAGAUCAGGAAGAGUUUAUCCAAGGUGAAAGGGUUGUCUAAGGAUGAUAUGUUGGAAGAUGGGAGAUCAGCACAUGUUGGCAAAGCAGGGGUUGAGUCUGGUGCAGAGAAAAGCCUGUCAGCUGAUGAGAUGGGCAUGCUGUCAGAUGUUGAGGGGGAUCUAACCCAUUUAACUGCAGACAGCCACGAAUCUAUGGGCGAUGAGACUGGCCGGAAGACAAGUUCAGGGUCAGAUGCUGAACUCUACAGUUUUCACUCAGCAACUGAAAGUGAAGACCUGCUCUCUGAUAUCCAGCAGGCCAUGAGAGACCAAGGUGUUGCCAGUGAAAUUGUUACCAGACACUUAUCUGAAGUGUCUGGUAACAAUAUGUCAACUUUGGAGGGGAGCAAAGUUCCUGAGACUGGAAUAUCUCACCAACUAUUUAAUCUGGAUGAAGACUGUUUCUCCCCACCUCUUGUUAGUGAAAGUGUACCUCAAGAACUGAAUGAUAAGUGUAAGAGACUGGAGAAUGAAAGAAGUGACAUAUCUAUAUCAAGAAUUUCAUCUGGUCCAGGGUCUCUGAGUGAGAGUGGUCCUUCAUCUUCUGCUCCAGACACAGAGAGAAGCAGUGGCAGCCUUUUUCCAAAAACUAACAGCACUUAUAGCUUUCAAGACACUACAGCCACCACCACCUCAUAUGAAAGUGCUGAGGAGCCCCAGGAUGAACUGGAGAGCCUGUUUUUGACUCCACAUCAGGGUCAAGGUAGUCAGGCUGUACUUGGCAAAAACACAUCAUGUGACCAUUUAGAUUCCAUAAUGGUAGGGACAGGGCCAACUGGUACUCAAAAAAGUGCAAGCAGCAUGGACCUGUCUGUUGAGAGGGAGGAUGAAGAAAGUGGUGGGCGGGACUUUCUGUCUCUAGAAAGGAGAAAAAAUAGUCUGUCUAUUAGCCACCUGAUAAUAGACAGUCCCCCUGUUUUUCAGCCUAGACGAAGAUCAUCCAACUCCCCUUCCACUGUCAAAUUCUACCCACCUGUCCACCCUUCCUAUAUUAAGACCACCACCAGGCAGCUCACCUCUCCAGUUGGCUCCCCCAUUACCAGCCCUCACGUGCCUCGGAAAACAGAUCCCAUCAGUGGAUCACUGGAAUCCAACAAGGUCCAAGGGUUUAGGAGACGCAAGCAGAGGUCCUGCUCCAUAGCUGGGCCGCACAGUGUGUCUGCAGACUGGUCGUCUGAGGUUGAUGAGCUUAGUGGAAGACAUGAUGAUGGGGCCAAAUUUCCAGAUCAGGAGACCACAGAGAAGAGUUACACAGGUGGGACUUACUGGACGCUGGGCUCUAGGAGAGCACACUAUGGAAAGCAGACGUCUGCUGCUCCAGUACCCUACCUGGAUGUCUUCUCUGGUCGCGCUCUUUUGGACAGGCUGUGUAUGCAUCAAGGAGAUGGGUCCUCUGAAGAGGAUGUGAAAGAACUGUGUCAACGAAUGCUUGUCCAGGGUCUCCUGCACCCCUUCAGCAACGGGCGUGCAGAGCUCCUUGGUGACAGUACUGUGUCACCAGUUUUUAAUGAAGAGCAGCUGUACACCUGGGCAUCUGUAGGCUUGCCCGUGUCUCCUUACCUUUGGGAACUCUAUGGAGGGGCAACCACAGGCAGGGUACAGAGCUUGAGAUCCUCUUUCCAUCAAUCAUCAGCCAAAACACCAGGUGCUCCACACGUUCAGACAGAAUGCAGCAAGUUGAAGUCAGGUCAGUCAUCCUCUGAGGAUGAAAGCAGUCUCAUCCCACUGCUGGAGAGGACCAUUGAUGACCUGCGGAUUAAGAUAGCUGUGUUGCAAGGCCAGCAGGCCUCCCUGGCAAAGGGCAUCAGGGAUAAUAUGGGAGCUCUGGGCAAUGGUCACCACAAGGCCUCACAGAUAAAAGAAGGACGAUUGGGGAAGAUGAGCCAGGAGGUGUCUACCCAGACCUCGCCUGUGGAAGAGGGAUUUAAGUUUGAUGUGCCUUUGAAUGGGCGGUCUAGCAGCACGCCGUCCUCCAUUUCACCCUCCAUCGUCAAAUCUUCAGAAGGCUUUGCCUGCACUUGCCAGCAGAGGCAGCAGAGCAGCAUCCAGUCAGGUCUUCCUCCCCCUACAGUCUCUGGGGUUAUGUCCCAACCACCACCUCCUCCACCACCACCACCUUUACCAGGGGGUUCCACUGCACCUCCACCGCCACCUCCACCCCCACCCCCACCCUUACCCGGGCUUGGACCUUGUUUCCCACCCCCACCACCACCGCCCCUUCCAUCAGGUACCGGAGCUCCACCACCUCCUCCACCCCUGCCUGGUUUCGGACCUCCACCCCCACCACCUCCUCCACCACCGGGCAUGGGCCCUCCCCCACCACCCCCUCCUCCAGGAAUGGGCCCCCCUCCUCCACCCCCACCUCCUGGCUUUGGGCCCCCGCCACCACCAGGCCCCAUGCCUUCCAUGAUGAUCCAGGAAGCUGACCCUGCCAAGGCUAUGAUAGAACCCCCCAAGCCAAUGAAGCCACUCUACUGGACCCGCAUACAGCUGCAUGCUAAAAAACAUACUGUCUCACUGGUGUGGGAGAAAAUUGAGGAACCAACUGUGGAUUUUGAAGAAUUUGUGGAGCUAUUUUCCAAAAGCACUGUCAAGGAGAAGAAGAAGCCAAUUUCAGACACAAUCAGCAAGUCGAAGGCCAAGCAGGUGGUGAAGCUCUUAAGCAACAAGCGUUCACAGGCUGUAGGUAUCCUCAUGUCUAGCAUUCAUCUUGAUAUGAAGGACAUAGAGAAUGCCGUUCUAAAUAUGGACAAUACUGUUGUUGAUCUGGAGACUCUGCAAGCCCUCUAUGAAAAUAGAGCUCAAGAUGAUGAGAUGGACAGCAUUAAAAAGCACAUUAAAUCUGCCAAAGGCAAGGAAGAUGCCAAACCACUAGACAAGCCAGAACAGUUUCUGUUCCAGCUAUCACAAAUCUCCAAUUUCUCAGAAAGGGUGUUCUGCAUCCUUUUUCAGUCAACCUUCCAUGAAUGUAUCACUUCAAUCCUCCGCAAAAUUGAAAUCCUUCAGAAAGUGUGCAAGACUCUCCAGAGUAGUGAGGCCGUAUUGCAGGUGCUCGGCCUGGUGCUGGCUUUUGGCAAUUUUAUGAACGGAGGAAAUCGGUCUCGAGGGCAGGCUGACGGCUUCACCUUGGACAUUCUGCCAAAACUGAAGGACGUUAAAAGCAGUGAUAACUCCCAGAGUCUUUUGUCCUACAUUGUUGCUUACUAUUUAAGGCACUUUGAUGAGGAUGCUGGCAAAGAGACAUGCGUCUACCCUCUGCCUGAGCCCCUGGACCUUUUCCAGGCUUCCCAGAUGAAGUUUGAGGAUUUUCAAAGAGAUCUCCGCAAGUUGAGGAAAGACCUUAAUGCAUGCUCUGCUGAAACGGAGAAAGUUUGCAAAUUGUCCUCUGAAGAGAACCUGCAACCAUUCAAGGACAAGAUGGAUGAAUUUCUCAAUCGAGCCAAAACUGAACUGGAAACGCAGGAGAACCAGCUAGCAGAAACUCAGAAGAUUUUCUUGGAGUUGAGUGUAUCCUUCUCAGUCAAACCGAAGGCAGGAGAGAAAGAAGUCUCUCCCCACACAUUCUUCUCCAUUUGGCAUGAGUUUUCCACAGAUUUUAAAGACCAGUGGAAGAAGCAGAAUAAGCUGAUCUUACAAGAGCGGGUCAAAAUGGCAGAGGAGUCUUUUAAACAGGCCAGGCAGAAGGCUUCCUACAAUGUGACACCCAAACAUGCAACUGGAAUAAAAGCAAAGUUGGGUAAGAAGAUCUGAAGCAGACAAUGGAAAAUUAUCAUCACCUAGCCUAUUGCACAAGCUGUGUUUGUACAAUCUGACACGAGUCAUCAGUCAUUUUUAGCAUUUAUUUGCUCCCAGUAUUUGUUUUCAAUUGGUUUAGGGCUGUCGAGUGUGAGCUGGUUCAAAGUGUAUCGUUUAAACUUGGGAUUAAAGCUAAUGUCCUUACCCACCAUUUCACAAAAUGAAACGAGUCUGUGUUAUAAAAAGGCAUCCCUAAGCUGAUUACUGAAUUCAAGUUGCAUGAAAAUUUGCUAUAAAUACUUGGUGUUCUUUUUCUGUUUUGUUUUUUUUGGUGACACUAUGUUCAAGCUUUAUCAGUAUACAUAAUAUGUAGCCAUUUUUUAUUGCCGUUUCCAACCCUCAGUUUCUAGAAAAACCAUUAACACGUUGUGUUCACAUCUCCCUUGAUGGUGAAAAGCACAGGAUUUUAUAAUAUUUCUAUAUGGUGCCUUAUUGCAUAGUGGAGACUUUAAAUGAGUUGAACAAAGCUUAUUUUUGAGAUGCAUCAAUUGUGAUUCAAUGAUACCUACAAGGAAGAAAAGUCUGUUUACAUGGCCUGAAAAAUAACAAAUUUACUCCUUUCAAGAUUUUCAUCUGGUGCGUUUCAACUGCGAAUUCUACGUGUUUUACAUACAGCACCUCAUCUUUUAGUGUUUUUUAUUUAAAUGGUCAUGUCUUUCUAAGUCAUGUGAUCUGAUAAAUCCCCACUAUUGUUCUUUUCAACAUUAAUGUAAAUAUGCUUUCUUUCAAGCAAAAUCCUAUGCAGAUAGUUUUACCUUUUGUGUUAUGUGAAAGAGUGUGAAUAUCCAUAGGCUAAAUCAGCAGUAGAAUCAUGUGAUGUGGUUUUAAUGUACAAUACCAGCACUGUGUUUUGACUGAAUACAUCUGACCAUUAAAAAUAAUAUAAAUAUAUAUUUAUUGAAUAAAAGACAUUACCCUGAUUUUUGUGAUAAAAA